CUGGCUCACAUGAGACGCUAUGCUCGCCAAGCAUCAGAAUAAUGUCCAAGAAUCCUCAUAAUUCCCGUAAACCGUCCCCGGUGGCAGUCUCCCCCCGAGCGCCGACCGGGACGGACGCGUCGCGCUCGAUCCAACAAGUGUCACCCUUGUAAACCCCCCAUACCGAACUAAAUCGGUUCGAGACCCCUUUAGUGACGUGUAAAGCUUGGAUUUUUUAACUCGGUUAAAGUGUGAUGAGUACAGUGACCCAGUGGUAAAUAAUGGCUGUGAACAGCCCUGGUGGUUACCCCCCUAUUUCCCCCAAACCCCACACUCCAAAAAGUCCUCGUCACUUUGUCUUCCCCCAGAAGAGUCCCUCGGUCGCAUCUAGCACCUCUUCUUCUGGUUACUACACCCCUCAGUCUGGAUGCAGCUAUGACAAGCACAAUCAGCCCCCCAAGUCACCGCUAGCGCACGGACAUCGCAGCCCCAUGAGUCCCAGACAUUUCAAUUUCCCCCAAAAGUCUCCAUCAGGACGCUCGAGCCCUUGUAACCCUAGCCUCGACAGGCAAAGCCUGCACUACUCCGCAUCUCUGAAGCACGGUCGACGCGAGAAGUCCCGAUCGCCGAAACCGCCACCUGUUCAUAUACACACUAACCCCGGCUAUGUGUCUCCCAAUCGCACGAGAAAAUUGUACGGCUCGACAUCCACUGUCGGUUCCCCUAGGCUAGUGACGUCACCCAGCAUUGUCUCCAGUCACACUGACGAUUCGAUGGAUGCUAUGCCAGGAACUCCCUCUGCAAUGCUUAACGACGCUGACGACGAAGCGACGACAACAUCCUCGAGGAUCUGCCGUAAAUCAACAUCAGAUCUUACAGAUAUAACUGAUGACACGCCUCAAACCCGAUCGACCAGUAUUAGUAGACCCUGCUCGCCUAUGCGAAGAGGUUCCAUGAAGGGCGGUCUUGCAUAUCUAGCCAGUAGAAGGGGCUCAAGAGAGUCGACGAUGUCAAAUUGUGAUUCGGUGGAGGACAUCGGGCCUCUAAAUUUUCAAAAUACGAUGCGUGGUAGACAACGGCGGACUUCGAAUUUCUUAGAAUUGCCAGUGGUGGAGCACUCCCGGCCGCGCGUGUGCUCGCUGCCCGAGAAGCCGUACAACCCGCGCGUAUCGGACGACCUGUACCGGCUGCGAACCUUCUCCAUCACCACCAAGGGCGGCAUCGUCAACUGCGGCGACUCGAUCUGCAACCGCCGCUCGCGCUCCAACACCUCCGUCAACUCCACCAACAGCAGGGCGUCGGACCGGUCCCCGUUCGACGGGUCCUGCUGCUCCGGCUACCGGCCCGUGGACUCGGCCAGCCUCGACACCCCUGACGAGGACGAAUUAGAUCCGAUACCUAAAUACAGAGUGGUGUUGCUCGGCGACGCCGGCGUCGGGAAGACUGCACUCGUUUCCCAAUUCAUGACGUCUGAGUAUAUGAACACUUACGACGCGAGUCUGGAUGACGAAUUCGGAGAGAAGUCAGUGUCAGUACUUUUGGACGGGGAAGAGUCUGAGCUUAUAUUUAUCGACCACCCGAGUACUGAAAUGUCGGUGGAAAACUGCUUGUCAACGUACGAGCCUCACGCCUGCGUGGUGAUAUACUCGGUGGUGGCCAGGAGCUCGUUCACGCGGGCCGGCGAGGUGCUGGCGUACCUGGCCAGGGAGUUGUUCACGGUGGAGCGGACCGUGGUGCUCGUGGGCAACAAGGCUGACUUGGCUCGGGCGAGACAGGUGUCCACUAAUGAGGGCAAAGCGUUAGCGACGUCCCGAGACUGCAAGUUCAUCGAGACAUCGUCGGGUAUCCAGCACAACGUGGACGAGCUGCUGGUCGGCAUCCUCAAGCAGAUCCGCCUCAAGGAGACCCGCGAGAAGAAGCAGGCCAAGAAAGUCGGGAAGCAGGAAUCGAAGCCUUCGAAGCUGGCUAGCUCCAGGACACACAUAUCUCUCAGUAUCGCGAGGGAAUUGCUCCAGAAGAUCUGCAUCAACGACAUUUCCAAGUCAAAGUCGUGUGAGAAUUUACAUGUCCUUUAAACUUAAGGUUGCUUGGUUUACUUAGAACAAAAG